CGAAGGCACUGUCGUUCCAUCUUCGCGAGAACCCUAGCCUCACCCCGUAAACCCUAGUCGUCACUGCCAAAACCUCUCAUGGAUAACAGUUUCGUCAACGCUGAGAAAGAGGUUCUCGUUGAAAUGGUGAAAUUGGUUCAGAAACGAGGAUUGGAGGGCUCCAAAGGAAGCUGGAAGGAUUUUCUGAGUACUUACGAUAGGAAGCUUGGGCCAAGCUUGAGCGAUCCAUCGAGGAGGCCUGUUGAUACAUUGGUGUCUUUUCUGAAGACAUUCUCCAAAGAGGAAGACCUAAAGUUUUUUGCAAAAAUAUUGCAGUGUUAUGCAAACCGCAAGGUAGUUGAGGAAUUCAAAACGAAGUCUCAUGGAAAGGAGUCCCCCGAGCAGAGGCUGAUCCGCUUAACUCUUGAACAUCCGCAAUACCCAUUAGAUUAUUCAUUCCCAUCCCAUGAAGAGGGGUGGAUGGUUACAAAAAUUCGUCAAAAGUUCAAGUUUACAAGAUCAAAUGCAAUGCUUGCUGUUGAUUGUGAGAUGGUUCUCUGUGAAGAUGGAACUGAAGGUUUAGUGAGGGUAUGUGUUGUGGAUCGCAAUUUACAGGUCAAACUUAAUGAACUUGUAAAGCCCCAUAAAGCGGUUGUAGAUUAUAGAACUGAGAUUACUGGAGUCAGUGCAAAAGAUUUUGAUGAAACUACUUCCUCAUUGGUAGAUAUACAGAGAUCCAUGAAGAAGCUAUUAUCACAUGGAGCUGUUUUAGUUGGUCACAGUUUGCAUAAUGAUCUGAAAGCACUGAAGUUGGACCAUGCAAGGGUGAUUGACACUGCAUUUAUCUACAAAUAUGAGAACCAACCUAUUAACAGAAGACCUUCUUUGAACAAUCUGUGCAAGUCUAUCUUGGGCUAUGAAGUGCGUCAGAAGGAUGCUCCGCACAAUUGUCUAGAUGAUGCAUCUGCUGCAAUGAAACUUGUUCUUGCCAAGUUAGAGCAAGGGUUGGAUGAUGCUAUUCCCUUUGUUCAUGAAGAUGUGCCUGAAAAUGAAAUGGCGAAGCUGCUUCUCCACAGGAUACCAACUGAUGUGCCCAUUGAAGAGUUAAAUAGAAUUAUUCCUGGGGAAUUUACCAUGGAACACCAGCCAAGGAAGAAAGUUCGAGGGGAAUAUUAUUCUGCCCUUGCCAUCUUUAGGAAUUCACAAGAGGCAUAUGAAGCAUUUGAAAACAUUCAAGGGACCCAAGGAAAGGAUUCAUCUGGACGGUCACAGAAGUCCGUCUCAUUUCAGCUCGGCACAGGAGCAACUGCUAGUCUAUAUGUUCGGAAAAUGGCACAUAAUGAUUCCCUUGGUCAAGUCUCAUCAAGGAAGAGAUCCCCCCAAGUUGAGGAGAUCUCAGGUGACUCCAAGAAGUUAAAGACGGAGGAAAAAACAGGGGACAAGGAGAUGAUGGUAGACACAAAUCAGUGUGAAGAUCAUAUGAAAGAGAUUGAAAGGUUGAAAGCAGUUCUGAGUCAAAGAGAUAAUGAAAUAUCCACCUUGCAUAAGAUCAUAACUUCCCUUACAAGGAAACAAGGACUCUAAACAUGGCAGUGGAUGCACAGGGUGUUUUUGGCAGUAAAAUAUUCUACAUCAAAUGGCAUAUUGAUUUUCAUGAAGAGGACCUGUGGCUGGAAUUACUUGGAGAAGGUAUGGCUGGGGAGAACAGCAAACUGGCUGAUAGAUAAAAUAUGGGUUGAUGAAUAUGCUGCUGAAUCAGGGAGGAAAUGGCGCAGGUCUGUUUUGGCUUGGUGUGGGGUGAUCUGCAGGUACCGGAGGCAUUUGUUUGUUGUAUUGGGAUUAUGGGAAGAAUUCCAAGUUUUGGCACUAUUAAGGGUAUUUCUUUUCUCCUUUUUUGUUUGUUCUCUUUCUUGUACUAACAUAACUUAUAGCACCUUCUUUAAGUAAGCUGUUGAUGUUGCCAUUAGUGAUUAGAUGGAUAUAAAGAUGGGAAGAAUCAAAUUAGUAAAAAAAUUUGUGAUCAAAAUGUGAGAAUCAUUAUAGUAGUAUAA